AUGGACAAAUGAGGUCCUAAAAAAAUUUUUUUUUCCUAUAAAAAAAACCUAGAAAAAUGGACAAAUGAUAAAAGACUAGAAAAUUGGACAAAUGAGAGGGGGGAUCCUUAUUAUCAAAUGUACUCAACUCAUCUUACUUUUUAUUAAAAUUAAUAUGCAAAAAUUAAUUUUCUUAUUACCCUCUAUGAGAGAACAACUAUUGGAAAAAUUCCUAAUUUUUGGUCAAAAAAACCUCCCCUCCAUAAGCAAACAAAAUUUUUUUUAAAAUUAAUUUUUUAA